AUGAAUAAGACAAAUGAGUUCAAGGCCUUUCUCAAGAAAUUGCCAACGGAUCAUUUUUUAAAUACCUCUGCCGUCUUAAAGUUCUGGACGUCAGAUCUGGUCCUGCAGAGACGUUAUGGUCUGCUGGAGGCGAGCACUAAAGUGGUGCUGGGAAAAGCCAUCAAGAUAGUGCGCAAACUCUUCACUCUCAGCAAGCGCUGUCCUACACAGCCAACGAUCAGCCUGCCUAGAGAAAGGACUCUGGGUUUUUGGCUCAACAAAGCUCCGUCUCUGUUAUACUGCAGCGAGCAUGGUGUGUACGGCACCUUCUCCAAGGAAAUGCAUGGCUGCAUCUGCGCCGCAGAGCAACGUACUGUCUGCCAGGGCAACGUGCCAUGUAAGGUGGGUGAGGGGACCCUCUGCUCGUCCUGCGCCCCAGACAACAUCACCCGCUGUGGCACAUGCCUCCCAGGCAGCAUCCUCCAUAUGGGAUUCUGUCGCCCCAACAUUGCCAACUCUUUGGACCACUACAUCAACUUUGACUUUGACAUGCCGGACGCAGAAAUGCGUCACCUCCUCCAAAGGCUCGACAGCCGCAUGGAGGUCCACGCAAUCUACAUCAGCAACGAUGUGCGUCUGGGCAGCUGGUUCAACCCGGCGUGGAGAAAGCGCAUGCUGAUCACCCUCAAGAGCAACAAGAACAAAUCCAACCUUAUCCACAUGCUGAUGGGGAUCUCUUUCCAGAUCUGUUCCACCAAGAACAGCACGCUGGAACCCGUGCCGGCAAUCUAUGUCAACCCCUUCGGGGGCAGCCACUCUGAGAGCUGGUUUAUGCCCGUCAACCAGCAGGACUUCCCAGACUGGGAAAGAACUAAAUUGGAUGCCUCGCUCCAGUGCUAUAACUGGACCCUAGCUCUUGGCAGCAAGUGGAAGUCCUUUUUCGAAACGGUGCACAUUUACCUGCGCAGUCGCAUAAUCACAGACGAUCCCACCGUCAAUGAGACGCUUUUUUAUGAGCCACUGGACCUGGACGACCAUUCGGCCAACCUGGGCUACAUGAAAAUCAACAGCCUGAAGGUCUUUGGCUACAGCAUGCACUUUGAUCCAGAGGGGAUCAAGGACCUGAUCUUGCAGUUGGACUACCCGUACACGCAGGGCUCGCAGGAUGCGGCCUUCCUGAUGCUUCUGGAGAUGAGGGACCGCAUUAAUCGGCUCUCUCCGCCAGGAGCCCAGCCGCUGGACCUCUUCUCCUGCCUGCUGCGCCACAGGCUCAAGUUUUCGUCCAGCGAGGUGGCCCGCAUACGGGAGGUGCUCCAGAGUUUCAACGCCAAGCUCCCCAACUCCACUGAGCCAGAACUCAGCCAGCUGUGCAGCUAGCUCAAAUGAGCCUCUGUCGCUCAUUUUUGCCUGCCUGUGAGAAUGUAUUUGUAAAUGUGAUGAGAGAGAAAGGGAAAAUAAAUAUAUUGUCAGUGUGUGUGUAAAUGUUUGUGGAUGAGAUUGUCUUUCAAUUCUCUUCCUUUGGGCAGCAAUUGUAAGAAACAGAAUUUUUGAUUGUAACUCAUACAGGAGCGUACCUUAGAAGCUGUAAGUUCCCAGAAUAUUCCCUUGCUGGGAAAACUUUGUUGGAGCUAGCCUACAGUCAAACUACUUAUUGUCUUUGAGUAAGGGUUCCUUUUGAGAUGAUGGGGACUGCCUCUACAUGAUUCAUGAAUAGGAACAUUUUAAGUGAGAAUAUAUAGCUACAAUUUUUUAGCACGUAUGUGCUAGUGUUGUAGUUAUUCUUGGUGAUGUCAAUUUUCAAGAUGAAUCCGGAGAAUUGAUAAUAAGAAAUCUAUUCCGAUGUAAAGUGUCUGAGCAUAGUGGUCCAAUGGUUAUAACAAUCAGCAAAGAUUCAAAUUUGUGCUUUUCUAUUUUAUCUGGAGUAGCAUCAUGUAUUGUGAGAUCUGUAUAUCUGUAUUUAAUGUGGGACUGAAAUACCAGAAUGCUGGAUAGAAUUUCCUUUGUAUUCAGAGAUAUGGCUAAACCAAAAGGUAAUCAUAAAAGCAAACUGAAUGGCGAAAUUUCUUUAUUAUUAUAAUUGUUUUUUUGGUUCACUGAAAUCUCUUUUGAGAAGGCAACCAAAAGGUUACAGUACAUACUUACGAUAUUGUUUUGAAGAGGUUUGUGGGCCACUUUGUAAAUACUGCUCAUCUCAUUCAAGAUGUGAAAAGCUUCACAUUGCUUCUUGGAUAUAUACCGAUAAACAACCAUAUUUGUACUUUUUUGAAAAAAGAAAGAAAAAAAAGCGCCCCACACUUCAACACAAAACAAUUGCCUUAUGAAGUGAAGUCUCUGUUCUGAUAUCAAAGCACACUUGGCUGUAUGACUCUCUCUUUAAGAAAAAAAGAAGAAACUACUUUUUUCUCGUUCUUUUCCUCUUCUUGUUCUUUUCCUCCUUUUUCCUCUAUACUAAAUUCUGAUUUCAAUUAAAGUGACCUCUAAUCUGUAAAUGUCAAUUCUUAAUUUAAGUAUUACAUGAGGAGUACAUUACAUGUUAUCUAUGUGCAAAUGCAGAGUAACAUUUACAUCACCUGGUUCAAUAGCUUUGUUUCCCACAACAUUUCCAUGCUUUUCUAUUAGACAUAUGAUGAUGUGACAAGGCAUAACUGUAAUACAUCAAUUCAUUAAGUAUCUCUACAUCUUGAGGCAAUUAUUUCCACUCAGCAUUUAAUAACCGUAUAUGUACUGCUUAAGUGUUCUUGAUUAAGUUACUUGGGUUGUUGCAUUUGUCAACACAAACAGCCACAGAAUUACAGCCUUUGACAACACAGAGCAUUUAUUACUGCUUUUUAUAUAAAACUGCAAUGUGUGGAAAUGUCUGUGAAAAUUGCAUAUAUGCAUCAACAUAAAAAAAAUGAUCAGUUUCCUGUCAAGAUAAGAUGGAUCGUUCAAUAUACGAGGAGCAACUUUUACAGUGCAACAUAAAAAACUAAACUAGAAUAAAAAGUGCAAUUUAUGCUGUUGUCAUGGAGAGCUGUAGGACCUUCACAUUGUCUGUCACGAUAUAUCCGUGACUCAACUGUGAAGGGGGAAAAACAUUCUCGCUAAAUUCAGAAGAUGGAAAUCACAGGGAGUCUUUAAAUAUGAGUUGUUUAUCUUAAUGUCUAAGACAGGAAUCAGAUUUCGCCCUUCAAUAAAUUGUCAAGACAGUGAAGGGCGUCUAAUCAAUCACAACAGCCCUAUGUAAACUGACAUAGCCUCGCUCUUGAGAAACACAAUCUGAAUAUUUCUGUAUUUUAAGAUUUAUUAUGACUAAACUGCCU